CUCCCAUUUACGUAUUUCAAUCUCUUUCCUCCAAUCUUUCUCUAUAUAAGUUUACCCUCCAUAUCUGUCUUCUUUCAUCUCCAUAGCUAGCUCUAAUCAAUCUGUACUUGAAAAGUUAAAAGCUUGGAUCUUUAUGGCUUUGAGUGUGAUUAUGGAAGAUCCAUUGUGCCAAUUUGAAGAUUACUUCCCUUCAAUGAUUCAUAUGUUGGGUGCAGAGGCAUUCUUGGGAGAACUCUGCAAUGGGUUUUGCUUAUUGAUGGAUGUGGAGAAGGGUUUAAUAACAUUUGAGAGCUUGAAGAUGAACAGUAUUGUUUUGGGAUUGGAUGAUAUGAGAGAUGAUGAGAUAUUGUGUAUGUUGGAAGAAGGAGAUUUGGAUGGAGAUGGAGCUCUUAAUCAAAUGGAAUUUUGUAUUCUCAUGUUGAGAUUGAGCCCUGGUCUUAUUGAUGACUACAAAUUCCAAUAUGAAGAUGGUUUUCUUGAUCAUAUGCAUAUAUGAUUUUGAUUAAUUCUCUAUAUCUUUCUUCAUACUAGUUAUAUGGAUUUAAUAUUUAGUGAGUUUACUUGUUUUUCAAAAAUAUUAGUGAGUUUAUAUACUUUGUUCUAA